CGCCAGCCAAACAGAGCCAACCUCACGCUACCCUAACAUAAACCAGACCAAAGUUUUUUUCAAGAGAAAAAGCGCCAUGGAAUUCAGACCUCGAAAUUACACCGUUGAAGAAGAAUCACACUCUCUGGAUCGAGUGUCCGUCGACACUCAUCCUCUCUCUCCUCCAUCCCCGUCGCACCUCCAGGUUGAUGUUGUGGAUCACGGGAAGAGUGAUUUUUAUGAUCCACUUAGGGGUUCAGAUGCUAACGUAAUGAUCUCUCUAGACGAUUUACGAGAAGAAGAUAAUAGUUCUGCUGUGAAUGAAGCUGAUGCUGAACUUCCAACAAAGGAAUGGACAUCUUUCAAGAAAUUCUUAAUGCAGAGAUUUUCUGGCUCAAAAAUGGUUUCGAUUUCUCCAAUGUCUGACGUAAUAAUGAAAAGUGGCCAGGUACGUGAGAAAGCAUCAACGACUAUGCAUCUAGAGGAACUGGAUGAUCCACAAAAGUUUGCUGAAGAUGGCAUCAAGGUUAUCAGCCAGCAGGUUUAUGUUUCACGGCUGCAUGAACUUAAAGAUGAGAUCAAUCGAUCUUGGCAGGCCAAUGAUCGGGUAACAUCUUUGACGUUGGCAAUCAAGGUUGCUAGGCUUCUGAUGGACACGUCUGUUCUUCAAUUUUAUCCUACAUUGUUUGUUCUAGCUACAGAUGUAAUGGAUAUGGUUGGUGAAAUGGUAUGGCAGCGAAUCAAGCAGAAAGCUGAGUUUUCUGAAGAUGGAAAUGUAAUCUGCUCUUUAACAGAGAACUUUGAAGCAAAAGAUAUAUGUGUAGAUGCCAAAGAGAUUUGCAGCAACUGGUUCUUCAAAAUUGGUUCCAUUCGUGAGCUUCUUCCACGCAUUUAUUUAGAGCUGGCAAUAUUGCCUUGCUGGCGUUUCCUGGUUGACUGCCCUGUUGAUGUCAUCCAGCGCUUGGUAAUGAUGACAAGAGGGAUUGCAGAUCCAUUGGCAUCCGCCUAUUGCUGCUUAUAUAUUGCUCACUGUGUGCAAAAAUUACCUCACCAGGAUACAGGAUAUUUGAUCAUUUGCAUUAAUGACAUAAAGAUUCUAUUGACACGGUUUCUAUCAGCGGAAGAAUCUACAGAUGGAAAUUUUUCAGAAAGGAGCAAGUCACUUAUCAGUUUGAUGGAACCUACAAUCGAGUAUAUUGUUAAGUGCAUAGUUAAGGAUUCAUAUCAGACACGAGCCAUAAAUAUCCUGGUGGAGCUUGGAAUAGGAAUGAAGCAGACUGAGUUUGUCGGGAAACUUCCAUGCAUCUCUAUUAUUCUUCAUCAUUUCCUCAAGGAGCUUCCUAGUGAACUUGUCAGCUCUAAUGCUGUGGAGAUUUUCCAACUCAUUGAGAGCAGCAAAGAUUAUUCUUUUGACCAGUGCUUAAAUUACAGGUUGCUUGGCUUCCGGAUUUCUGAAAGUAGAUCUCAACUGGAUAUAGUCAAUGCAGUAGUAGAUAAAGUUAUCAAGGUUGCUUCUGAAUACAAUAGCCUGGAUGAGUUCUUGAAGGUUGUGGAUGCUUAUGUGGAUAUUAUUCUUCAGAAUCAGAUGGACAAUAAGUUGAAUAUUAUACUGGAUGGUAUUGUAAAGCGAGCAUGCAAUGAAGGGAUUGCUGAAAUUGAAUUGAUCAACUUGCAAUCAAUUUUCUUAAAGCUUCUUGCCCAUCUUAAGAACUUGGAAGAUAUAUUUUCCCUGAGCCAUUUCAUUGAGAUUUUAGAUAUGAUGCAUGGGAGUGCAAGAAGCAUGGUCAAUAUGCACAUUCUCAACAUGGUAACAAGGAAGGGUCGCAUUCACGAUCCAACCAUUGUACAGUUUCUUUUUGAAGUUUCUCAGUCUCUGCAUGAUGGUAUGGAUCAUUCAAACAUGAAGUAUGAUGAUAGUCAACAACCUGCACGCCUGAUAUCUCGUUUUGUGACUAUGGUUGACUAUGGGCCGGAGCUGGAACGCCAUUUGGCAUUCUUACUUGAAUGUCGUGGGGCUUUUGGUGGCGUCAAUGACCUCAAGGAAACACUUGUUCACUCCAGCAAUCGCUUAGCAGUUAAAGCAAUGAAAGAUGGAGAAAACCAUACUAGUUAUGUCAAAUCGUGUAUAGCAUUUAAUGAAGUUACUAUCCCUUCUGUUCCAUCUUGUGUUAAGCAGCUAAAUCUUUAUCUUGAAACUGCAGAGGUUGCUCUAUUGAGUGGCUUAGUGUCUCAUUCAGAUGGACUUUUAGAUUCAGCAAUCUUCUGUUUGCAGACUAUGGAUCAGAUGGAUGAUUUACGCUUACCGAGUGAUGUUGAUUGGAUCCUCUCCUUUAUGCGAAAGUUGUGCAGCCUAUUGGUUUUGGUUCCAGGUAAUCCCCAACAAGGAGUCACUUAUAUUCUAAGGAGUAUGUUGGCCCCAAUUAAUUCUCAAUCAUGGGUUUCAUCAAGAACAAGGACAAGGGUGUUAUGCGCAGUUCUUUCUUUGGCGGCAACCCUCUCUCAAUUUGAGCUCCCGUACCACGCAAACCAUGAACUGGUUCUGGGCAACGACCGUCUGUUUUAUGGCGAUCCAAUCUAUUCACAAGAGCUUCUGUCAUUGUCUGCUUCUGUUCUUCAGAAUCUUGUUGAUAAUAUUAUACAAGAGCCUUCACGGGUUGCUCGUGGAAGCAUGGCUCUUGAAGCUUGCAACUGUAUUGCAUCAUCUUUCAAUCUAGUGCAGGAAGUGUUACCAUUCGUCUCCAAGCUGAUGGAAACUGCCAAGUCAUGUCUGAGCUCUAAUGACAAAUAUUUGCAGUCCACCAUGAAAUUCGUAGACAAAUUCUUGAGCGCUUGAGGGAGUUAAGAUGCUGAGUUGGUGGACAGCUGAUGAUUCGUUCAUUGCAUUUUUGAUAAUUUGGUAUUCUCUAUUCCCUUUGUACAUUCGAAACAUCAAGGACGGAGAAAAUUAAAGGUACGUUAAUUUCACGAUAUGGUACUUGGAAGGGUGGAGCUAUAUUAUCUCAGAACAAGUUGGAUGAAGAUUUUACUUCCGUUUUUUCUGGGUCCAACUGUACAUUUGUUGUAUAGAUGCUCAAUAUCAAGGGGGAAAAGCCAAAUUGACCUCUUCCCCCUGCACUCCUCUAUUCCAUUGGAAGGAAGCGACUUCAUUA